AUGGUAAAGAGAAAAUCAAAACAACCAGAGCCAGAACCAGAGGAAGAUAGCAAUGAGUUUCAAGUUCAAGAGAUCUUAGGAUCAAAACAUGUUAAUGAUAGAACAUAUUAUUUAAUACAAUGGGUUGGAUAUGAAAGAAAAGAUUGUACUUGGGAAAACUCAACACAUGUUUUCUGCGAUGAACUUAUACAGCGAUUCAAUAAGGAUCUCGACAAGAACAAUAGCACAGAUAAAGAAAAGAAAGCGCUCGAAGUGGAAUUUCCAUUUCCCGAGGAAUAUAAUGACCCCAACUAUCAGUCGGACGACGAAGCCGAGGAAGAGGAAGUGAAACCAGAGACAAAAAAAAAACAAAAGAAAUCAUCGAAAUCAACUAAAAAAUCAACGCCCAACACCAAAAAGAAACAGACUUCAACCACCUCAAAGACACUAACAAAGUCGUCGUCAAAGUCGACACCGGUCAAAGAGGAGAAAUCGAAAGCAAAGCGAAACUCCACCUCUCACCUAAAUGAAGUGCACGCCGGUUUCGAGUAUGGCGACAAAGUUGAAACCAUUCUAGGUUGUAAGAUGUUGGAUCAACUAAGCUUUUAUCCAAAUAUUAUGUACACUUUAAUUAAUAACAAUAAUAAUAAUAAUACAAAAGCAAAGCAAAAUAAUAAUAACCAAGCUCAACAAGUUAAUUAA